ACAACCACAACAUACUUCAUCCACUGGUGGGUUACAGGGUCUUGGUCUUAGACCUCUAAGCUCUCCCAAUGCAGUUUCCAGUAUUGGUUAUGACCAGCUUAUUCAGCAGUAUCAGCAGCAUCAAAAUCAAUCCCAGUUUCCUGUGCAACAGAUGUCAUCAAUCAACCAAUUUAGAGAUUCUGAGAUGAAAUCGGGACAGUCAGAGGCAGAUCCUUUUUGCUUGCUUGGCUUGUUAGAUGUGCUAAACAGGAGCAACCCUGAAUUGACCUCACUUGCUCUUGGCAUAGACUUGACGACGCUAGGCUUAGAUUUGAAUUCAACGGGAAAUCUCUACAAGACAUUUGCGUCCCCUUGGACCAAUGAACCGGCAAAGAGCGAGGUCGAGUUCACAGUACCAAAUUGUUACUACGCCACACCACCCCCACCGUUAACUCGAGCAAGUUUCAAAAGGUUCUCCUAUGAGUUAUUGUUCUACACAUUUUACAGUAUGCCAAAAGAUGAAGCACAGCUAUUCGCAGCGGAUGAACUUUAUGAAAGAGGUUGGUUUUACCACAAGGAACUCAGAUUAUGGUUCUUCAGAGUUGGGGAACCUUUAGUCAGGGCAGCUACAUAUGAAAGGGGAACAUACGAAUACCUCGAUCCAAGUUCGUUCAAAACAAUCCGAAAGGAACAUUUUGUUGUCAAGUACGAGCUCAUGGAAAAGAGACCAAGCUUGCUGCAGCAUUGACGACACUUAGGUUUGUUCAAUUAGUAGCAUCUUUACAGUGUAAAGCUUUUCUCUUUAUUUCUGUCUCUUUCUCAUGCAAGCUCCAUUGAUUAGAAAACCAAACCAUCUCACAUUUUCAAUUUUUAACCCCAAGUUUUCCGAAAAGGUAAUCGCAGUUACUUUCCUUGUUCAUUUCUUCUGGCUCAAUCAAAUAAGUUGAUAUUUGGAUCACAAUAACUGAGAGUAGAAUCGAAUAAAUUUAGAUUUCCUUUUUCUAGUA